AUGUUUGCAUCUGAAUUUAUUCUCCAGGGCUUCACCACCCAAGCAGAUCUGCAGGUGAUGUUUUUUGUCUUGUUCCUUGCCCUCUACGUGGUCACUCUCCCAGGAAAUCUGGGAGUCAUCGUGUUGAACUGGAUCAACCACGCCUCCAUGUACUUCUUCCUGAGCCACUUGUCCGUGCUGGACACCUGCUGCUCCUCCACCAUCAUCCCCUGGAGCCUGAGGGAUGUUUUGGUGGAGAAGAAGGUGAUUUCCUUCAUGAGAUGUGUCACCCAGCUCUUCUUUGCCACCUGGGCCACCACUGAGUGCCACGUGCUGGCUGCCAUGGCCUGUGACCGCUACGUGAUCACCUGCAGGCCCCUGCUCUACUCCGUGCCCAUGUCCCAGAAGAUUUGCAUGGGGAUGUUGGCUGGAGAGCUCAGCUCCACUCUCCACACCAUUUCCAUGUUCCAUGUCCCGUUCUGCCACUCCCAGGCCAUCAAGCACUUGGUUUGUGACAGGCCCACGCUGCUGGCCCUGUCCUGCUCUGUCACCCGCGCCAGCGAGGCCGUGGUGGCUGCCAUGGUGUGGUUCAACGUGCUGAGCACCACGGCUCAUCCAGAUAUCCUGGUGUCCUCUCUGUCCGUCCACGCUGCCAUCCUGCGGAUCCGCUCGGCCGGGCGGCAUGAGGCCUCAUCCACCUGCGCCCCCCACCCAGCCUCCAUCGCUCUGUGCCACGGCAGCUCCACCCUCACAGAUCUGCGCCUCUCCAGCUGCUCUCUGGAGCAGGACAAGCUCAUCUCCCUGGGGUAUUCUGCCACUGUUCUCAGGCUGAGCCUGUUCUUCUAA